CAUAUUGUUUUGUGUGACAUUGUGUGUUAAACACGUUGCAGCCCGGAUGACCCGGAAGAGAGAUCCUCCCAUCUGCGAUCCCUUCUCUUGCCUCUUGGACUUUUUCCUUGCCCUCUCGGGAUUUAAAAUGCUGUGAAUAUUUGCCAACGGUUUCUAAGAAUUGUUGGACAGUGGACACGCACGCACACAAGGAUGCUUUCACGUUUGACUGGCUGCAUUGCGACCUCUGGGCUUUUGCUGUCGCUGCUUCUGCCGUGCAUGGAUUGUACUGCAGAUGCAAAUCAGCUUGAAGCUGGUUCUGCUCCGUGCAACGCAAGCGGUCCCCUUCAAAUCAAGUUUGAAUGAAUGCUGGUCAUGUUCUCUCAUUGCCAUUGAAAUGGAAACUUUGCAUCCGUGCUCUCAAGCGGCUCCUUCACUCCUGUCCCCGGAGGGCCACGCGACAGACGUGUGCUCGUGGAGUGAUUGACAGAUGGACGGUGGGCGGAGGGCAGGGCUUGUCCUUCUGUUCCAAUCCUCUUCUAUUGCUCGCUCGCUUCUGCGCAUUCUCGCCUCGCUCGUGCACUCUGCGUGCGCGCCCACGAGAGGCUCCCACUUGGCGUGGCUGCUCUUUGCAGGGAAGGAAGGAAGAUAGGAGCGUAGGAAGGAAGGCAGCCAGGAAGAUUUGGAAGAUGCUCGGAGGAGACGAGGAGCGCUUUCUGGCGGGAUGAGAAGAGCACGCGCGAGCUGACGGACGGCUCGGCGUGCGCACUGCGGAGGCGCCAGGAAGAGAGUAGACGUGAUUAUUGGCUCCUUUUGCGUUAUCACGUGUUAUCGAUCAGUGCCGAGCGGAACCGGGACCCCGCCCGCCUGGAUGGAGGCAGGCGAGCACGUGCAUGAUCUGCAGGCUUCCCACAAUCUGCAAUGGGAUUUACUUGUUCAGAUGCUUGAUUGACAGGACGGCACGGCGCGACGCGGCCCCUCCUCCCCUCUCACCCCCACCCACCCCACAACUGACCGUCUAGAAACGAGGACCCCCCCCUUCACACGCACAAACAAGCACCACUCCCCAGCCGUGUCCUUUCGACAUCCUCACAAAGCGGCUGACGGCCAACGACGAACACCUCGAGGAAUCAAUGAGGGCUUUGGGACGCCUUUAGCCCCACCUCCGCAGCCACACCCUACGUGAAGAGGACCGCCCCUUCUCAGGAGCGCGGCCAUGGGGGGCCGCUGGCCGCCGCCCCUGCCGGUCCUCCUGGCGGCGUACUGGCUGGUCCCGCUGAGCAGCGCGUCGUCAUCCAUGCUGUGUCCCGAGCGCUGCACCUGUCAGAACCUGCUUCCGUCCUACACGGUUCUGUGCGCCAAGACGGGUUUGCUCUUUGUGCCGCCUAACGUCGACAGACAGACGGCCGAGCUGCGCCUCAUGGACAACUUCAUCACCACGCUCAGGCACCGAGACUUCGCCAACAUGUCCAGCCUGAUCCACCUGACGCUGAGCCGUAACACUAUCAGCCAGAUCCGGCCGUUGGCCUUCGCCGACCUCCAGGACCUGCACGCCCUCCACUUGGACGGCAAUCGUCUGACUAACCUGGACGACGCCCACUUCCAGGGCCUGGUCAACCUGCGUCACCUCAUCCUUGCCAACAACCAGCUGCACCGCAUCUCCCAAGGAGCCUUCCAGGACUUCCUGGAGACCCUGGAGGACUUGGACCUAAGCUACAACAAUCUGGUGGACGUCCCGUGGGAAACCAUCUCCAUGCUUGCAAGCGUCAACACACUCAGCCUGGACCACAAUCUCAUCGAGAGCGUUCCCGAGGGAAUCUUCUCCAACCUCCACAAGCUGGCCAGGCUGGACAUGACGUCCAACAAGCUGAAGAAGAUCCCGCCCGACCCCCUCUUCCUGCGCAUCCCGGUGUACGCCAAGAUGAAGGGCUCGCCGUUGACCGCCUUGGUCCUGAGCUUUGGCGGGAAUCCGCUGCACUGCAACUGUGAGUUGGUCUGGUUACGGCGCCUGACCCGCGAGGAUGACCUGGAGACAUGCGCCUCCCCUCGAGACCUCGCCGGGAAGUACUUCUGGACCAUCAGAGAGGAGGAGUUUGUGUGCGAAGCUCCGAUGAUCACUCGCCACACGUCUAAGAUGUUUGUGAUGGAGGGCCAGGAGGUGAGCCUGCGCUGCAAGUCCAUGGGCGACCCCGAACCCUCCACCCAUUGGGUCAGUCCCGACGGGAAGCUGAUGGGCAACACGUCGCGCACCGUCUGCUACGACAACGGCUCGCUGGAUAUCCUCAAGGCUUCCGUCAAGGAUUCCGGAAAGUUCACAUGCAUCGCAUCCAACGCGGCUGGCGAGGCCACGGCGCCAGUGGAGCUGGUGGUCAACCCCUCGCCACACUCGGAGCCCAAGCCGGACGCCGACCCGGGGCCCUCGGACGUGCCCACGUCCAUCAAGUCCAACGGCGGUCAGGCGCGAGUCGCCCAGCAGCGGGUCAGCGUGUCCGAACUAACGGCGAGCACCGCCCUCAUCACGUGGCCCGCGCAAAACCACAUUCCCGGCGUGCGCACCUACCAGAUCCAGUACAACAGCUCUGUGGACGACGUCCUCAUCUACAGGAUGAUCCCGGCCAAUCACAAGUACUUCCUGUUGAGCGAUCUGGCGUCCUCCCGCGAUUACGACUUGUGCGUCCUGGCCAUCUACGACGACGGCCUCGCCGCCUUGACCGGCACCAAGAUGGUGGGAUGCGUCGCCUUUGCCACCGAACCAGAGUACGGACGGUGUCACUCCAUACGAGACCAGUUUUUGGGUGGCACCAUGAUCCUGAUCCUCGGCGGCAUCAUCGUGGCGUCUGUUCUGGUCUUCAUCUUCAUUCUGCUGAUGAAGUACAAGCUGCACAGCAACCACCACCACAAACACAACACCGACGCCCGACACGCCCACGUCUGCUCGCAGACCAACGGAGGGGGCGGAGGCACCGCCCUGCCCUCACCCGGACAAGGCGCACACAAAGGCCGCCAGCUGUCUGCGGACGGGUUGCCGGCCGCCGCUACCCCCGCCGGCCUCAGGGGAACGACCGUUGUGGAUUUGAGCGCCGCCGCAGUGGCGUCGCAAUAACAAAAGGAAGCAACUGUCUGUCGAAGCCAAUAUUCCACAGCCCCUCCCCGUUUUUAUCUUUCGGUUUGCCGCUGGUGCCCGGGCUGAGGAGGGCGUGGCAGUGAUCAGCGUCGUCCCGCGCCGGAGCCUUCCUGGUUGCAUGAAGCACCCCCUGCGCACCCAAACUCACAAGCAAAGUAAGUCCACAUCAGAUGGUCUGGCACCACCAGGACUUCUUUGCACUUUUGGGACGCCCGACCCACAUUGCCCGGCUCCUUCGCCAGAAUCGACGAGUAAAGUACUCGUAUCGUCGAAUGGAAACAAUCGCCUUUCCGUGAAGACGCUUCCUCGAGCGGCGGUCUAUAGAGAGCAGCCGACGAGGAACAUUGUGUGAAGAACGCUCUUUUUAAAAAUGUUCCGUUUAGAACAUUCCAGAAGACGACUCGGUGAAAAACAUUCAUGAUGGUGAUAAUUCUCAGAGCGUCUGUCACUAUACAGUACUUUUUGUUCUGUGUAGAUUACGGAAGAACCCGAGUCUGGACAUUUGAGGACUGCGUGAGGAACAUAAACUCCAAACGAGCUCUCUGUUGAGCACACUUCUCGGUUGCUUUGAUUGUUUCACUCAGCAGCGCCACAAAGCCACACGUUUUGCUUUCACUGAAAAGACAAAAGUGGGAUUUAUAAAGAAUGAAAUAAAACAAGUAUUUUCAUUGU